AUGGCCGAUGCGACUAUCCAGAACGAGUUGUUGGCGCGCAUUCGCAACCUGGAGGACCUGCUACACAAGCAGGUUGGAUCUCAGACAGGCGAUCCCCUCUCUCCACAGACUUCCCCCAGCGCUACGACGGGCAGCGUCGGUGAAUCGGAUAGUGCGCUCGGCCUCGGCGUGCCAGAUCUCCGCAGCAGUUCUCUGCCCAGCUGUGUGGGAACGCUCCAAACAUUCGCUGCCGGCUACGUCCGGUAUCAGCCGCUGGUCUCACAAUGGAAUGCCCCGGCGCUGUCCAGCAGUUCCACAGGCAACAACACCUCCUUGCCGGACAUCAGCUCAGAGGUCCCCGAGGAUGACGAUGACCUACAAAUUCCCCUGGCGAGAAAUGCCGCCUCCCGCGAGGAGCUCCUCGCCAUUCUGCCACCAGGCCGAUAUUGCGACGCUCUGAAAGAUGUCUACUUCCGGGUCUUCUCUCCAUUGUUUCAUAUCCUUCACGACCUUACUUUCGAAGCCGAGUACCAACAGUUCUGUCAUGACCCGAACAGUGUCUCCAUCUCAUGGGUUGCGCUCCUAUUCACCAUUCUGGGCAUCGCAGUGACAGCAUUGGACGAUGACGAUCCGCUCCUAUCAGAUCUAGGUCGGGAAAAGACUGUGAGUCGCAACGUCAAGGCCCUUUCCUCUCGCUACCGCUCCGCCGCCCUGCGCUGUCUCGCCGCGGACGGGGUGACCUCCCGCCACUCCAUCAACUCCCUCCAGUCCCUGGUUCUCAUCAACUACGCCCGCAUUCAGCGUGGUCUCUCGACCUGGACGCUCCUCGGCUUCACCCACCACGUUGCCAUCUCCAUGGGCUGUCACAUCGACCCGGAGCGGUUCGCUUUGGGCGCCAUCGAGCGCGAAGAGCGCCGACGCGCGUGGACUGGACUCACCAUGCUGUACACACAACAAAACCACUCAUUCGGCGUCAUAGACCCUCGCAUGCUCUCCCAAGACGUGAAACCCCCGCUAGACAUCAACGACGUGGAUCUCCUGACGGCCGGCACAGAGCCCACCACCGGUCCCACCCAAAUGACUUACCUCCUGCUGGAGGCGCGACUGACCAAGAUCGCCGGCAUGAUCCGAGAAGCACUGUUCAAUUUCCCCCUGCGGUUCUCGCUAGCGCAGAUCGAGAACGAGAUUCUCGCCGUCCGCGAAACCUGCGACAAACGCUACCACCUCGAAAACGGGACCCUCGAGCCCCUCACCACCCACCAGGCCAACCUCAACAUCCUCUAUAGCGACAUCCACCAGCUCUUCCUCUUGCUCCUCCGUCCCAGCCUCUGCCGCUACCUCCAGGGCGAGAUCACGCCCGAGACCUGCGCUGCGCGCGCCAAAUGCAUUACCUCCGCCAAGGCGUCGCUGGCCAUCUACCGGAAUCUGUAUGACACGCCCGAGUUCGCUCCAUACAAAUGGUACAACAGCGGCACGGGCAGCUUCCACGCCUUCCACGCGGCCAUCGUCCUCUCCAUCAUCCUCCUCUACCCGGACAGCCAGUACGAGUUCACCGAGAUCAAGGAUCUCCUCUGGAGCACGCUGGACGUGUUCGCCGCCCUGUCCAACCGGAGCAAUUUCUGCAGCAAAGCCGUCCCUGUCCUGCGAAACAUCAUGUUCGUUCCAGCCGUCCCUUCCCAUCGACACAUACUAACCUCGAAUCAGUGA